AUGGCAACGAUAACGCCUAGCGAUAAUUCUUCUAAUAAUAAUAAAGAUGACAGUAAGAAGCGGACUAAUGAAGAGAUCAAUGACGGUAAUAUUAUUUUGAAUAAAAAAAAAAAUAAUAAUAAUAAUAAUAAUUUGCCAAAUGAGAAAAAUUCAAAUAAUUCUGAAGAUAUAAAUAAUGAUAUGAGAAAGAAAAUUAAAAGUGUUACUUCAAGUGUUGUUGGACCACGUUCCGCUUACGCAUUUUUCAUGAAAGAAUAUAAACAUAAUGUUAUGCAACGAUUUCCAAAUAUAUCAAAAAAUGAACAUCGUAAAUUGACUCCAAAAGUUUGGAAUCAAUUAUCGUCUGAAGAAAGACAAAAAUAUCAAGAGAAAGCUGAUUUAGAUAAAAUUAGAUAUUCUCAAGAAGUUGAAUUAAAAUUAAUUAUGGAACAAAAUGCUGCGGCAAAUAUCGCUAAUGCUACUGCACAUGCUAAUACAAAAUCUGAUACAAAUAAAAACCAAAUAGUCACAGAUCUAAUUGCUCCAAACAAACCAAUUGGUAUAGCUAAAAAUUUAGUAACAAAUAAAUAUAUUUUCCCGAAGUUUACUAAAGAUGAUACAUUAAAUGCUAGAAUGUUUCUAAAAUAUUAUGGAUCAAGAAAAUUUUUAGAUUCUUAUUUACCUGAAGAACUAAAUUCUUUAUAUUUAUAUUUCCUAAUUAGAUUAUUAGGAUUUGAAUUAAAAGAUAGUGAAUUAACAAAAUCAAUCUAUAAAGCAGUACAAGAAGAAGAUACUAAAGUUGAAUCAUCAUUAACAUACGUAAAUAUCGAUGAUCCAUUAAGCAAAAAACAAACUAUUAGAUUAAUAAAAGAUCUACAGAGAGCAAUUAAUAAAGUCUUAGCCUCCAGGUUAAGAAUUGUGACAUUUUCUACUAUUGAUAAUUUCGUAUCUCGUUUGCAAAAUGCUAAAAAUAUUAUUGUCUUAACAGGGGCAGGUGUCUCAACAUCCUUAGGUAUUCCUGAUUUCAGAUCAUCUGAAGGUUUCUAUUCUCGUGUAAAGUAUCUAGGAUUAAAUGAUCCACAAGACGUAUUCAAUUAUGAACUAUUUAAGAAGGAACCAUCAAUCUUUUACAGUAUUGCAAAUAUGAUUUUACCACCAGAAAACGUUUAUUCACCUUUACAUUCAUUUAUUAAAAUGUUGUCGGAUAAAGGGAAAUUAUUAAGAAAUUAUACUCAAAAUAUUGAUAAUCUAGAAUCAUAUGCACACAUUCCAGCUGAUAAACUUGUUCAUUGUCAUGGGUCGUUUGCAUCUGCUACAUGUGUCACAUGUGAUUGGAAAGUACCAGGUACCAAAAUUUUCAAAAACAUUAGAAAUAUAGAGUUACCAAUCUGUCCGAAUUGUUACAAAGAAAGAGUCAAGAUGAUGGAGUUAUACAAUCCUUACGUAAGUGAAAGCGUUGAUCUCAAUACUAAUAGUAAGAAGUUUAGCGCGAAAGAGGUAGAAACAAUAUCUAAUAUUAAAUCAUUUGGGGUUCUUAAACCAGACAUUACUUUCUUUGGAGAACCUCUUCCUGAGAGAUUCUUUCAAUGUCUAAUGACUGAUAUGCAUAAAUGUGACUUAUUGAUUUGUAUUGGUACCAGUUUGAAAGUUGCUCCUGUGUCUGAUAUUGUAAAUAUGAUACCAGCACAAGUCCCACAAGUAUUGAUUAAUAGAGAUCCUGUAAGGCAUGCAGAUUUCGACUUAUCUUUGCUGGGAUUUUGUGACGAUAUUGCUGGGUUAGUAACGAAACGAUGCGGCUGGGAGUUCAUGCAUAAGGAUUGGGAAAAACUUUCUGGGGGGAAAUAUGAUAUUUUGGAACAAGAGAGGGGCGUCUAUUCUGUUAAGCGUGAGAACAGUUCGGUCUAA